GAAGAGAAACAGUUACACUUAAGGCGCGAGCGACGACUGGCCGUUACAAACGACAGGUGUUUUCAAAGCUUCGACAUGGAGACGGUAAAAAUUGUCGGUGUUUUCUUCGCUCUCCUGAGCUUCUACAGUGUAGAAUCACUGCAGCCUGAUGGCAAACAUGUGUGCAGCCGCGUGAGAACGACGGAAACAGGACUGGAGGGGGAACUAGUGUGUUGCCGCGGCUACGUCGCUACCUUGGUGGAUGACAAGGAGAAAUGUGUGAGAGACGACAGCUCGCGCGUUGUUGCCUGUGACCUGGCAGCGGACGCGGGCCCAUGUGAGGGCAGCCACCGCCGCUGGUACUACGACACCAGUAGCGGGGAGUGUCAUCAGUUCGCGUAUGGCGGGUGUGGCGGGAACAGCAACCGGUUCCACAGCAGGAAGAGGUGCCAUGCAACGUGCGGGGGGAAGGCCCAGUCUGCUCGGAGGAUUGUGACGGACGUGGGAGCGAACGACGACGUGUGUCUGGAACCCAUGAAGGUGGGGAUCUGCAAGGCCGCCGUGCAGCGCUUCUUCUUCAACUCUGAAGAGAAGAAGUGCAUGUCGUUCACCUACGGGGGCUGCAGGGGCAACGGGAACAACUUCGUCACCAUGCAAGAAUGCGAGGCCACGUGUGCCAGUGCUGCAGAGGUUAAGCCAAGUGAUGUCAACGAAGCUCCCGUUCUGGAGUCGCGACUCCGAAACGCCAUGGAUACCGCAGUGAAAGGGACCCUCAAGCCCUAUCAGCCGGCCCGGACCCGCCCGCCGGUCCCCGUCACGGGAGACGUCUGUCUGAUGUCCGCCCAGAAGGGCCCGUGCAAGGCCAUGAAGAACCGCUACUUCUUCAACCCGACCCUGGGCCGGUGUGACCAGUUCGUGUACGGCGGCUGCAAGGGGAACAGGAACAACUUCCUGACAAUGGCGGACUGCCAUUCUGUCUGUGAAGACCACAUCCAUGCCACGUGCUCCAUGCCGGUGGAGAAGGGAAACUGCCAGUCGUCCUUCCAGCGCUACUUCUACGACCCGACCACCUCCAAGUGUGACGUGUUCACCUUCACCGGCUGCGGCGGCAACAAGAACAACUUCAUGUCCCUGUACGACUGCCAGAGCGCCUGCAUGUUCGAGACUAUCGACAGGACAAGGAUGAACUUGUUCCGUCAAAACCAAAUUGACCAGAAGGACGACCCUGCUCUGCCUGGCCGGAAGGUUGGGUGGUGGCCCGCUAUCCUUGUGGCCGGGCUGGUGCUGGUGGCGGCCGUCAUCGUCGGUGCCGUUCUGUGGCGCCGGAAGGCCCGCGCCGCUACCCUUAACAGGACCCCCAAAGGCGUAAGACUGGAGGACAUGACAGGAGCAGGGCCGGACGUCACGCUUACCAAUGAGGAAAAGACAAAAACAACCAUGGCCUGAGGCGAUAGAGGCAAAGUUCUGGCUACAAUAUGUACUGCGAACAUGUGUCUCAUCUUUUCUUCUGCACAUAUUUUCCUGUGUUCAAAGUAAACAUGUUUGUAUUCGUACGUUUUGAAGGAAGAAAUCUUGUGAAAUACAGAGUAGUUUGUGAGGUUGGAUGAGGGUGAUGAUCAAUGAUUUCCUUUGUAAAACAAAGGAAAGCCAAGUGAUGGAAUGUUGCAUUUCUACACAAUAUUUUAGGAGUAACAAUGUUGCGAUGUGUUUCUUCUACAUUCAAUAAGAAUUGUAAGCUGUCAAUUAGUAGAACUGAAAUCCUGACUGUAUAUGUGAGCCACAAUAUCACGUGAUAUAAAGAACAUGUGGGAGCUGACAAUGUAACAUAAAGUCGGUGCUAAAUCAAAGCUGCUACUUGUAUGACCUAGCACUUAAUCUUUAAGAGAGUACUUUUGACGUAGAAUCAGUCGAUAUUCUCUGCAUACGCUUUCUGUCAAACACGCUGUCUGUUGUUAAUCUCCAAGCAGAUCUUGCUGUGGCAAAUGGGAAAGAG